AUGUCUUCUUUCUCCUUUUUCUUCCUCUCUCUCUCUCUCUCUCUCUCACUUUCUCUUCUUGUUCUCCUUCACUUCUCUCUUCACCACAUUUCACUUGCUUUCACCUUACAUUCACUUCCAUCAUUCUCACCUUUUUCUUCUUGUCCUUUUUUUAAAUCUUCCUUCUCCCUCUUCCUCUCACUUACUUCCUCCCUCUCUCUAUCUCUCUCUUUCUCUUCUUGUUUUCCAUCACUUCUCUCUUCCUCUUCUUUCACUUGCUUUCGCUUUACUUUCACAUGCGUUGAUCUCGCCUUUUUCUUCUUUUCCUUCUUUAUGUCUUCCUUCUCCUUUUUCUUCCCCUCUCUCUCUCUCUCUCCUAGUUUUCCAUCGCCUCUCUACCCCCCUUUCACUGGCUUUGGCCUUACUUCCAUUUCCCUCGUUCUCCAUCUUUUAUUUUUUCCUUCGUUAUGUCUCUUCCUCUCUUUCUCUCUCUUCUUCUUUUACUUCGUUUCUCUCUUCCCCUUUUUUUUUUGCUUUUCUCUCUUCCCUUUUUUUUCCUCUUUUUUUCCUUUUUUUUCUUAUCUUUUCUUUCUCUCUUUUCCUUCCUUCCUAUCUUUUUGGUCUUCUCUCUUCCCCUCCCUUUUAUUUGCUUUUGCCUUCCUUUCACUUCCCUUUUGUUUUCCUUCCCGUCUUUUCCAGGUUUCUCUUUCUUUCCUUUUUCUUCCUAAAUUUUUUUCAUCUUCUCUCUUCCCUUUUAUUUUUUUGUUCUUUCACUUCCUUGUUUUUCCCCCUCCCGUUUUUCCAUUUUCUAUCUUUUGCUUUUUCUUCCUUCUCUUUUUGGUCUCUUCUUCCCCUCCUUUAUUUGCUUUUGCCUUCCUUUUUCCUUCCCUUGUUUUCGCCUUCCCGUCUUUUUGUUUCUCUCUAACUUUCUCCUUUUUUUCCCUAUCUCUUUUUUAA